AUGGAGUCCAAGAAGAAUGCCCACCGUUUAAACCGCAUCUUCCGUAAGCCGAGGGCGACGGUGGCACCGCGCAGUUGGCAUGAGGAAGGCGAUGGCGCGGGUCCGUACAACGGCGUAUCGCUGUCGCUGCUUAAUGAGCUGGCCAGCGAGCUAACCGACGUCGAGCGAAGCCGCGCGGCGGCCGCGCAGGACCCGCCGCCCGUUGUCCAAGAGGAGCUCGCCAAACGCGCCGCUCGCUUCGGUCUCCCCGUCGCUGCUGACAACGUUGGGGAUGCAGGCGUGGUGGUGGACGACGCGGCGCUGCAGAAACGCAUGGAGCGCUUCGGCACGGUUGAGGCGCAGCCGCAAGAGUUGAAUGAAGCGAUGCAGAAGCGCAUGGCACGCUUCGGCGCCGCACCCGCACCGACGGAGCUGAACCUCUCCGCGGCCGACCGCGAGUUAAUGGAGCGCCGCCAGAACCGCUUUGCCACCUGA